AUUACAAAAAAAAUUUGAAAUAGUAAAUCACAAAUAACUGUAAUAAAAAAAAAUACUACAAGUGUUAAACGGAAUACAACAAGAAACAUUAACAUUUGUUUUGAGCAGACAUUUGCCUGUCGCCCGCCAAAACAGAUUCACGCCGAACCGAGAGCUUACAAAAAAAAAAAAAAACUGAAUGUGAAAUUGCAAAAACAAGAAAAGCAAAAAAACAAAAACCAAAAUUAAUAAAAGGAGAAAUAUUACAACUCUACAACAAGCGGCGACAAGCUUUUUGCGUUUGUCCCGUGCGUUUGUGUGUGUGUGUGAGAGUUUCUUUGAGUGUGCUUGUGUCUCUGUGUGUGCGUGUGCAUGUCGUCUCGGUGCGUAAAUUAAGGCUGGCCAGAGGAAUGCAGAAAAGGAGAGCGCAAUAAUAGAUGCCGCCAGUUUAUCAUCAUCCUCUUCAAAUUGCAAGCAGCAAUAGCAAAAAAGCAACAGCAGCAAAAGCAAAACGCCAACCAGACGACGUCGACAGCAAAAUCAACGACAAACGUCAAAAAAGAAGAAAGAAAAUAAAAAUUCAGUUUUUGUGUGUUUCUUAUAAUAAACGCCGCCUAUAAAACAGUUAGAGCUUUGUUCCUGCUCUCUCGUUCAAGCACACACACUUCCUAGGGCUCUCAGAUUUUAGAGUUCUCCCCCCGCUCCAUAUAUGACGUUCGUUCGUUAAUUUUUUUUUUUGUGUAAAAUUUUUUGCUGUGCGCCUUCCAAAAUAUAACGCGAAGUAAAAUCCAAAACUGGAUAAACUAAACAUAACAAAUAUUAUUAUUAAUAAAAAUACAACAACGCAGUUUAAAGCAUAACUGUUCCUAAAGAAUUAAUUUAAGGACCCCGUACGCACUCAGGAAAGCUUAUUGAAUUAAUAAUUUGUUUAAAAGCUAUAAAAGAAUAAAAAAUAAAAAUGGCUAUCAACAUAUAUCAGAAUCCCUACGAUUGGUCACAAAACGAUUUGGGCAUGAUCCUGAACGAUGAUUGGUUAGAUGGCAUGGACGACAUCGAUAUGAUGCGACAGGAUGAGGAGCUAAUGGAAUGCAGCAGCAUUCCAAGCAUCAAACGCGAUGUGGACAAAAUUGAAACAGACCAAUGGGCAUCGCUAUACGAUCAGGAUCACGAUUUAUUCGACGAACUCGAUUCGAAGGCAGAGGUACGCAAUGGCGGCAUCAUGUGGUCCAUGCCCAGCAUGGGCAACAGCGCCAACAACAACAGUAAUGGCAACAACAAUGGCGCCGCCAGCAAUUGGAGCAGCGGCAACAGUGAGAACAACAAUUCGGCAGCCUCGAGCUACUGCGAAUCGAGCGCAGUGCCGCCAUCGAUAGUCACAGGCAGCUGCAAUGCUGGCACAGUGCAGAUCAAGCGUGAGCCCAUCGACAUCGAUGAUGACGAGCAGGAGGAGGAGGAGGACAACAACAACAGCAGCAGAAGCAGCAGCAGUAAACCCACAGCCACGCCUACAAUCAAUAUACCCACAACAAAGUCAAACACAGCGGCCGCACUACGCCGCAAUCUGGCCAACAACUACAGCUACAAAACACAACUGGGUCUGAGCGUCUCUCCGGAGUACAUACCGCCAGGCACUUCGCUGCUGCGCCGCAGCAAUCUGCACUACAAACAACAGAAGCUGCUGCAGAAGCAGCAACAGCUGGAGCAGCAGCUGGAGCAACAGCGUCUCAUACAAGCCGCCAGCAACUGCCUGCGUCCGGAUACACCACACAGCGCCUACGAUGACAACAGCAGCGGCUCCACUCUGGUGAAGCGUCACAAUGUCGAUCUGCGCGCCUGCGUCAUGGGGAGCAACAAUAUGCCGCUCACCGCCGCCGGCUGCGAUGCCAACAAGAUCAUCAAUGAGCUCUCACUGGAACUGCAGAACACCAGCAAGGAUCGCAUGAAGCUGCCGAUGUUCAAUUGCCUGCAGGAGCGUCGUCCAUCGUAUUUCGAGGAUGUCAUUGCAGUCAUUGCCGACUCGCAGCCCGCCAGCAAUACAACACAAACGGGAGCAACACAACAAUCACAAACAAUGAUGAUCGAUGAUGCAGCAGCGGCUGCCACAUUGUCACCGCCAGCCACAACCGCCACCAGCUCCGACUGUGAUUCGGACGAUGGUGAAUAUUCGAUGGUGGCCAAAAUAAUGGAAGCGCAUCAUAUGCGCCACAUAAGCGAUCACAGUUAUACACGCUGCACCGAGCUGGAGAACAAUCUGGAGACGCCAUCAGAUUCCGAUGAGGAAAUCGAUGUGGUCUCGGUGAACGACAAAAAGUUGCCCACAAAUCCCUCAGAUCGCGAUCGUCGCGCGCUGCAAACCAAAGUGGCGCACAAAAUCUCCGGCGGCGUCGCGCCGCGUGUGGUGCACGCAAUCCGACGCAAUCACUACGAUUUGCCGUAUACGCCGGCGAGCAAUAGUCCGGUCAAGUUGAAUGGCUCACGCUACACAUCGCCGCCACACAAUGCCGAGUUGUUGCUGCAGAGCAGCAGCAUUAGCAGCAGCAGCAGCAGCAGUAGCAGCAGAAGCAGCAGCAGUAGUUGCAGCAGCAGCGAUAACAGCUCUGCCAACAGUAGCAGCAGCAGCAGCAGCAGCAGCACGCUGUCGCCAAAGCACAACAGCAGCGGCAGCGGCAGCGGCAGCAGCGUCGCUGGUGGUGCUGGUAACCUGCUGAAGCGUCAGCUGAGUCUCGAUGAGGCCGACACCAUUGAGAAGCGCAAUCUGCACAACGAUAUGGAGCGACAGCGUCGCAUUGGGCUCAAGAAUCUGUUCGAGGCGCUGAAGAAGCAAAUACCCAACAUCAGGGACAAGGAGCGCGCGCCCAAGGUCAACAUACUGCGGGAGGCGGCCAAGUUGUGUGAGCAGCUGACCAAGGAGGAGUACGAGCUGAGUGUCAAGUGCCGCGUGCUCAAGGCCAAGGUGAAGCAGCAGCAGGAGCGACUGGCGCGCCUGCGUCUCAGCAGACAUGUCUCAGUCGAAUAACGAUAACACGAUAACGAUAACAAUACAUUGUUGUCUGUCUAUCUGUCAUCAGCGCCUGGGUAAGGGUUUUAAAUUUAACGAAACGAAUCCGGUUAGCGGUUAAAGUUGAGGGUUUGAAGUUGAGCGUGAUCUAAUGUUUUAAAGUUACGGUUUAGGUAGGGAGAGAGAGAGAGAGAGAGAGAGAGAGAGAGAGAGAGCGCAUAGAGCGUCGAGAAAGAGAGCGCGACAC